CUCCCAUCCAUCCACCACCCCUCUCUCCGGCUCCGAACAUGGCAAUCAAGGCAGCACUCAUAUUCAACAACAACGGCACGCCGCGGCUCACGCAGUGGUACCAGCAGCUGGAAGUCAAAGUGCAAAUGGAUCUGCUGAAGGAGAUCUACCGACUCGUCAGCGUGCGGCCGGACAACAUUUGCAACUUUCUCGAAGGAAGCGCCCUGCUUGGCGGGCAGGACACCAAAAUCAUCUACCGACAUUAUGCCACCCUCUAUUUUUGCUUUGUGGUCGAUUCUUCCGAGAGCGAGCUCGGAAUCCUGGACUUGAUCCAAGUCUUUGUCGAGUCGCUGGAUCGCAUCUUCACCAACGUAUGCGAGCUGGAUCUGAUCUUCCGGCCAAACGAGGCCCUGCAAGUCCUUGGCGAGGUUAUUUCGGGCGGACUGGUCCUCGAAACGAAUAUCAACGAGAUUGUCCUUGCCACCGACAUCAAGAAGGGAAGCCUUUCUUCGAUCAACAAAUAGCCGUUUCGCAGCACCAUAGUGGGUUGAUUUGUCUAAGGCGAGCAAACGCCAGGAGGUUGUGCAAUACGAUGAUAUGUGCGUAUCACGGA